AUGGUCCGCACUUCCGUCCUGCACGAUGCUCUCAACAACAUCAACAACGCCGAGAAGGCCGGCAAGCGCCAGGUCCUGAUCCGCCCUUCCUCGAAGGUCAUCAUCAAGUUCCUCGAGGUCAUGCAGCGCCACGGCUACAUUGGCGAGUUCGAGGUUGUCGACGACCACCGCGCCGGCAAGAUCGUUGUCCAGCUCAACGGCCGCCUCAACAAGUGCGGUGUCAUCUCUCCCCGCUACAACGUCCGCCUCGCUGAGCUCGAGAAGUGGGUCGUCAAGCUGCUCCCUGCCCGUCAGUUCGGCUUCGUCAUGCUCACCACCUCGGCUGGUAUCAUGGACCACGAGGAGGCCCGUCGCAAGCACGUUUCUGGCAAGAUCAUCGGCUUCUUCUACUAG